AUGGGACAAUUGAGCUUGAAGCUUGCGGGACAACUUAGAUUCGUUGGUGCCAUUUAUUUCUGUCCCGUCAUCAAAUGGCGAAAAGGCCUGUUGUAUCCGAAAAUCAAGCAAACAGAGGAAGGAAAAGGGCAAGAAGAGGAAGCAGAGGAAGUUCCGGAAGUGACUGAUGUUGAUUCCAACAAGGCUUCUCGUCUGGAGAGUGAUCGAAGUCCUAUGCAAUCUUCUACUCAAGAGAAGGACCAUUUUCCCUGGGAUCGACUACCGCACGAGUUGCGAAUAAAAAUUCUGCGCAAUCUCCGGCCAAGAGAUCUUGACAGCUGUCGUUUGCUAAAUCGAGAGACGUCCGAGCUUAUUCGUCGUAACAAGCGAUUGUUGGAAAGAAGUGUUAUUGCUCACUUG